UCAAGCUUUUUCCAUGCCGCUAUCCUGCCAAGGGAUGAACCGAGGCGCAUCCCGGUCGCAACAAGUAUCGAUUCGGCUAUUGUCUAAUUUAUCUGCGACCAGGCCAAGAGAACAGAAUAAACGAAUCCAUACACACUUGCUUGGGUAGGAGCCGCUUCUGGCAGGUCGAAGCUUUCCAAUUGCAGUGGGCAUAGGCUUGUCCGAUGCCGUAUUCCACGGGGUGUAUUGUUCCGACAACACUAUACCAUGAUGUUUUGUUAUGAGACCUUGAACAUAAGAGGCUCUCGUAAUUUCUUCUUUUGAGCCAUUAUAUCGAGUCUAACUCGCAAUGAUGCUCACCGUCGCUAUCGCUCUCGCCGCACUGAGCGGCACUUCGCUCGCUCACGGCGGUGUAACGUCAUAUCUGAUUGACAACAAGAACUACACAGGCUACGUGUGGUACGACCCGUAUGAAAGCCAGCAUGACUUGAUCCAGCGCUCCUGGCACAUGAACCCGCUCAGUGACCCCGCAUCGACCAACCUGACUUGCAACAACAAAGGGCUCGCUGUACCCGGAACUUUCCAUGCCUCUGUCACAGCCGGCAGCACCAUCAGGGCAACAUGGCUCACACCCGACGGCUACGGCUGGCCGCAUACGCUCGGCCCUAUGGUAGCGUACAUGGCGUCUUGCGGCGAGGAUUGUACGACCAUCACCGACACUUCUUCGCUCAAGUGGUUCAAGAUCGCGGAAGAGGGUCUACGCGCUGGGUACGCCGUUGGCGAGGAGGACGGCUGGUACCAAAACGAUCUUUGGGAGAACAGGCGCACCGAGUAUUGGAAUGUGACUGUGCCAGCGGGCUUAAAGCCCGGACGCUACAUGAUCAGGCAUGAGAUUAUCAUGCUUGAGUUGAACCCGGUGCAGUUUUAUCCAAAUUGCGCACAUUUGGAAGUUGGCGGGGAGGGUGACAGCGUGCCCAGUGAUGAGUUCUUAGUCACGUUUCCCGGGGCGUAUUCAUUGAAAGACCCUGGGAUCGCGAUUUCUGGAAAGGUUCGCGGUGACAAGACAACAAAGAACUACACUGUACCUGGACCGAAGGUCUGGAAAGGGGAAUGAGAAAAAUGUGGAGAGCAAGAGAUGUUCAUGGCGAUAUUGGUUACGACGUCCUAAUUCUAUGCUCAAUGAAUCUACUAGAUCAGAUUGGUGACGAUGGUAAAGAUUCAUUUUGGAGGAGAGCUCCA